GGGAGAGAAGAGUUGGGGGUUGAGCUCCGAGCAUAAACGUAGAUUUCAGAGUUAAAAGUUGCGCUGAACGCCAGCAGCUCCUAAAGAGGCUCGGGACUUGUUGAGCUUCACGAGAGAGAGAGAAAAAAGAAAACAAACAACAACAACAACAAAAACACAAGGCAAAGAAACACGCACGACUUGGGACUUAUCUUCUUUUAAUAAUUUUUCCUCAUAUCUAUAUGUUCAUAUUUUUGUUUCUUUCUCUUUUGCACGCACGCAUGUGACGUUUAGAAGCGGCGCUCUAUUUAUUAUUUACCUCGAAGAAAGUUGGCGAUUUUGUUUUUGUUCCGCCAAUGAGAAAUAAAAGAAAGACGGCAACUGAGCAACAGAAACGGACGGAACGCAGAAGCUGAAAAGAAAGAGAGAGAAAAAACAACACAAACUGUUUUCUCCCGUUUGCAGGUGAUCGGAAGCGAUGCGAGAUUUGAAGAAACGUGUGGAUUAAUCAGCGCGAGGAAGCGACCCGGACGGCUGAUUAUUACCGCUGAGACCGACGCUGUGACCGCUCAGACUUUUAGCGCGUGCUGCUGCUCGAGCCCGAGUGUAUGAACGUUUGAGCGAGAGAGCAAAAGAAAGACAGAGAGAUGGACGUGGGUGCGGAGCAGCCUCGCUGGAUGAGCCACCACCACCCGGUGAUCAACGGGCAGCACCCUGAUUCGCAUCACCCCGGACUGGGACACUCCUACAUGGACCCCGCGCAGUACCCGCUCCCAGAUGACAUGGAUGUAUUGUUUAAUAUCGACGGGCAGGGCAACCACCCGUACUACGGGAACCGGGCCGUACAGAGGUACCCACCUCCGCACAGUAGUCAGGUGUGUCGUCCGUCCUUGCUGCACGGUUCCCUGCCCUGGCUGGACGGCAGCAAAGGCAUUGGCCCACACCACAGCGCCUCUCCGUGGAACCUGGGGCCCUUCCCAAAAACCCCACUACACCACCAUGGUUCCCCAGGGGCCCUGUCUGUCUACCCACCAGUGUCCUCUUCUUCCUCCUCUUCCUCUUCCUCGCUGUCUGCCGGACACUCCAGCCCACACCUUUUCACCUUCCCUCCAACCCCACCCAAGGACGUGUCCCCAGACCCGUCCAUUUCCACUCCGGGCUCUGGCUCGUCCGUGGUGCGACCGGAGGACAAAGAGUGUAUUAAGUACCAGCUGCCCGAGAGCAUGAAGCUGGACCCGGCCCAUAGCCGGAGCAUGGCCAGCAUCGGCGCAGGGGCAUCCGCCGCCCACCACCCCAUCGCCACUUACCCUUCUUAUGUGUCCGAUUACGGGCCGGGCCUCUUCCCACCAAGUAGCCUCAUAGGUGGGUCCUCUUCUAGUUAUGGUUCCAAAACAAGACCAAAAACGAGGUCCUCUUCAGAGGGCAGAGAGUGUGUGAACUGCGGGGCCACCUCUACUCCGCUGUGGAGGCGCGACGGGACCGGACAUUACCUCUGCAACGCGUGCGGACUCUACCACAAAAUGAACGGCCAGAACAGACCGCUCAUCAAACCCAAGAGGAGGCUGUCUGCCGCAAGGCGAGCGGGGACUUCGUGUGCUAACUGUCAAACAACCACCACGACGCUGUGGAGGAGAAACGCGAAUGGAGAUCCGGUGUGUAACGCCUGCGGUCUCUACUUCAAACUGCACAAUGUCAACCGACCACUCACCAUGAAGAAGGAGGGCAUCCAGACCCGGAACAGGAAGAUGUCCAGCAAGUCCAAGAAGAGCAAAAAGUCGCAGGACAGCAUGGACGACUUCUCCAAGAGCCUGAUGGAGAAGAGCAGCUCCUUCAGCCCAGCCGCGCUGUCACGUCACAUGACCUCCUUUCCGCCCUUCUCGCACUCCGGCCACAUGCUGACCACGCCCACUCCCAUGCAUCCUUCUUCUAGCUUACCGUUUGCCCCCCACCACCCCUCCAGUAUGGUCACCGCUAUGGGUUAGGCCGCUCCUGCUACCUCUGGACCACCCUGACCAUGACCUUUGACCUCAGCACGGUCAGCCUGAACCCCUUGACCUUUGACCCCAGUGACCCUUGAACCUGCUCUCUCUCUCCUUGAACCCAGCCCACAGUCGACUGCUGGAGAUUUUGUCUCAACUGUAAGCCCUGCCCCCUAAAAAACUUUUGUAUUCCUCACUCCACAUUUUCACCACUGCUUAAAAACAGAGAAAGGGAGGAAGAGAGAGAGAGAGAAACAGAGAUAGAGACUUUCGUCAUCCUCCUUUCAGCAUGAUCACGAUCAAUCCCAGCGUUCGUGUACAGAUGCCCCUCCUCUUUCAUCAUGGACUCAUUCGAAGGUGAAAGCAUCAUCCAAAAAGUUUGCAAACUUUGAAAAAAAAACU